AUGACACAUUUAAUAGAUUUAUUCAAACCAAUGAUUCCAUCAUUAUUAAACAAUUUACAUAAAGGUCAAUCAGGAAGAAUAGCAAUUAUGGGUGGAAGUAAAGAAUAUACAGGGGCACCAUUUUUUUCGGGUAUUUCCUCAUUAAAGAUUGGUUCUGAUAUUUGCCACAUAUUUGCACCAACAGAAGGUGGUACAGCCACAGCUUUAAAAACAAUGUCACCAGAUUUAAUAGUUCAUCCAAUUGAAAAAAAUGAUCCAUCUGAUAUUAUUCCAUGGUUAUUAAGUUUACAUGUUAUUGUUGUAGGUCCAGGUUUAGGUAGAUCAUCAGGUGCAUGGAGUUGUGCAUCAGAAGUUAUUAAAGCAGCUAGAAAUAUAAAUUUACCAAUCGUAUUAGAUGGAGAUGCAUUAAGAUUAAUUUGUGAUAAUUUAGAUAUUAUAAAAGGAUAUGAUAAAGCAAUUUUAACACCAAAUUUUGUAGAAUUUAAAAGUCUAUCAGAUAGUGUAAAGAAAAUGAUUGGUGAUACUUCAAAUAAUUUAUUAAAACCAGAACAUAUUGCAAGUUGUCUUGGUAAUAUUACAAUUGUUCAAAAAGGUAAAGAAGAUAUAAUAACAGAUGGUAAUCAAACAGUGGUUUGUGAUGAUGAAGGUAUGCCAAGAAGAUGUGGUGGUCAAGGUGAUAUUUUAGCAGGUACUGUUGGUACAAUGUAUGCUUGGUCACAACUUUACUAUAAAUAUAAUUCAAAUACGGAUGAUAAACCUGAAUAUCCAAUCUCAAUUAUAUCUGCAUAUGCUGCUUGUUCUUUAUUAAGACAUUGCUCAAAGAAAGCUUAUCAAAUUUCUAAAAGAUCAACUGUUUCAAUGGAUAUUAUAAAUCAAAUUUCAAAUGGAUUUGAAGAUUUAUUCCCUGAAUCUUCUAAAUAA